AUGCGCCACGCCGCACUCGUGUCGCCCGUCGAGUGGGCCACGCAAAAAAUCUACCAAUCCUGCACAUUUCGCCGCACUUCUCACCGCUCAUUCCCAAACUGGGACAUGUCCAUCCGUGCCCCUCCUCCGUCGCACCCAGCCUCUUCUGCCGUUGCAUGCACACGCAUCCACCCCUCUUCCCUCCAAGGCCGCCUUGCAGAAUUACCCACCUCCCCCUCCGCACCCGCUUUCCUCCCGACCCCGACGCAACAGCGCAUGCCGCCAGUUCCCUGCCACCAGCUCGUUGAGACCGGUGCGUCGCCCCCCUCUAAGCUGCCGCGCGGGCUGCCGAGCCGCGACGCGGCCCCCAUGGUACAGGAGCGCAUGGCCCAGAACGGUGUGCGACGGCUGCCUGCCGCGGAAGCACCUCUCAACGUCGUCGUCACGGGCGGCUCCACAGGGAUCGGAAAAAGUAUCGUCGAGUGCUUCGCAGCAGCGGGCCACAGAGUCCUCUUCACCUACCUGUCCUCCGUGCAUGGCGCGGACGCUCUCGAGGCGAAGUAUAAGGCUGUCACCAAGGCAAAGCUGGACCAGGGAAGCGUCUUGUCAGUGGCCAACUUUGCAGGUGUCGUGGCAGAGUGGGCAAAGGGGGAGGGCGUUCAUGUUCUUGUGAAUAACGCCGCCCUAGGAUCGGCUACGGUCCAGAAGUAUGUCGAUGGCGUUGGCGGCCAUAGCGUGGUGGAUGUUGUCAUGAAGGACAUGAAGCUCUGCAACGGUGGCGAGAAAAAGGCAGAUCUACCUGAAUCUGCUUUGGGCAUGAUUCGUCGUGCAGCGCAGGACGAAGCCCUGAUGCGCGUUAAUGCCCUCGGGCCUUUGUGGGUCACCGACGCCCUCAUGGACUCGAUUAAGAUGGCCGCAUCUGUUCAGGGUAGAGGUCGGUCGUCCAUUGUUUUUAUCGGCUCUGUCGGCGGCGGGAGCGCGUCCGUGUUUCCAGAGUAUUGCGCGGCGGACUUAAUGAGCAAAUCGGCGCUGUCGUAUUUAUCAAAGCACUUAGCUGCACAGCACGUGCGCGACUCGAUUGAUGUGUGUUGUGUCGCGCCGGGCGCGACGGAGACGGAGAUGUUUAGAAGAAGCACGCUGUCCAAGGUUUCGGAUGUCGACGCCUUUGUGGAUAGCAUGCCGAAACGAAGAUUGAUACAGCCGGAGGAAAUUGCAGAUGCUGUGUUUUGGCUUGCGACACAGAGCCCACCCGGAAUAUUUCAUGGCGCGGUUUUGGACGCUUCUAUGGGCCUUGCUGUACGACCUGGUCUGCAAACGGAAUCCAGGCGGUAG